AAGUCAGCUGUAUAAUGGUCCAAAAACUGACACCAACUUCAAAAGUACGCAAUCACAAACAAAGGCUUGAAAAUCACAGCUGAGACGAGUCUGAUGCCCGACGGCGCGCACUUCUUAAGCCUCCGCUGCCAUAGAUCCAACGACCCAGGCCGUCGUCACCUCGGGAUUCUUCUCAGAGACCAAGGCGGUAAUGUCUUCCUCCGCUGAAAAACCGGCCGCCUCUGGAGUUUAGAGCACAGCGCACCGGGCAUUGAGCACGUGAUGUUCAUCAGCAAGUUCCUCGAGCCAGACGUAGCGGAGACGCUCGCUGGGAACAUGAACUCCAUCUACCGCAACGCCUUCUGCUUCCCGCCCACGCCACCACAGGUGGAGUUCGUCAAGGCCCGGCCCGACGGCAUGUGGAGCUCGUCCCGGCGCAUGUUUAUCACGCAGGGGCUUGACACAUUUGACGGAUACGUUCAGUACAGGACCUCGGGUACGGCUGACCAGAACUUCAUCGUCGCUUGUGGCUUUACCGGCGGUGGUGCCAAUCCGUGGGUGCGUCUUGCGGCUGCUAGUGACGAGACGAGAAACAUCUUGAAUACUGCAAUGAGCGGUGACUUUGUGAAGUUGCGCCAGCUUGGUAGUGAGCGCGGUGUGAUGAAGACGAGAAUUGCGUUUGGUUCUAGUAGGCGGGUUGAGGAUAGACCGGUCGUGUUGAGACUUGGGAUGGAGACGAGGAUGUUGGAGGGGCAGCCUGUGUUUUCCAUCUUUGUGGAUCAACGGACCGAUUGGGGUGAUUUGUGCUCGGUAAUGAAAGGCAAGUAAAACUGAAUAACAAUCUCACAAGCCAUGAACUCGAUGUCAGUGAUGGGUCCAGAGAUGAGCAAUCCAGUCCUAUCAGGCCUUCAUAAGAGAUAUAACUCCUUCAUCUUUCCACAUAAGAUUUUUUUUUUUUGCCUCAACUACUAGGACUCAUACUUGAAAAGACGUUUCUUGACUUGUUCGGC